GUUUAUUUGAUCCAGAAUCUUUCACCACGUGGUAGACAAGGAAAAUGGCUGGUUCAGAUACACUACUACAGACAGUCUGGAAUAAUCGUUCUUUGAGACCCCCGCCAGUAAUAUCUCUCUGCACCCCUUUGACAGAGAAAGGUAAAGUGAAAACGGUUUUAAUGGCCCUGAAAGAGAUGCAAAUGGCUAAAGAGAAACAGAUAGUCCUUUCCACGGAGGAAUUUGCUCUGUGUCGUAUCAUAUACAAACUGAAUGCCCAGUUACGGAGUGAAAAAACUCUUCAGUUCCUAAAAAGGAUAAAAGUAUGUUUGGCAAAAUUAGCUGAAAUGAAAGUGGAAAAGAUUGUGGACAAUUUAUUGCACAUUCUACAGCAGAGCAAUUUGAUGGCCAGAAGUGUUUAUCUUCCUUCUCGACAAAUGAUGGAGCACCUGCUAGUCAAACUGAUGGGAGCUAAACAACUUUACAAACAGACAACCAAAUACUGCUUCACAGCAUAUAUUCAUUUGAAGCAGCAGUUGUCCAUUGGAACUUUGGUACCACAGAAUCUGACAUUAAUGGCUCUGAUUAGCAGGUUAUGGGUUCUGGCAAAAACCUGUCUCCUCAACUGUAAAAGGUGGUAUGGAGAACUUUAUCCAUCUCUGGGCAUCUUUGCUCCUACAGUUCACCCUUGGUUACCAGAUGGUGCAGUUUUACCAUGCACAAUUGCAGAACCAGAUGAUGAGUCAGAACCAUUAGACAUGUAUCAAAGUAAUACUUAUCAGGAGAAGUUUAUGGAAAGUGUUGAACCAAAGAAGAUGAAGUACUUUACCUUUCAGAGAGAUAUCGUCGAGGAAGAUGGAGAAGGCGAAUCGUGCGAUGAAGAUAAUAACUGGCUUUCAGACACAAAUGAUGAAUCUUCGAAAACACUGUCAGCAGGGGACAGAAGUAAAGUUGUGAGUUUACACAAAGACAUGAAGAAAGGUGGCAAUGAUUGUGUUUCAAACAUGCAGCAAUCAGAAAUUGGCGAGGAUGAAGGGGAACCAGUUUCUAGAGUUCAGCAAAGUUCUAGUGAGGAUGAAGGGGAACCAGUUUCUAGAGUUCAACAAAAUUUAAGUGAGGAUGAAGGGGAACCAGUUUCUAGAGUUCAGCAUAUGAGUAGAGAUGAAACUGAAACACCUCUACCAAAUUCAAGGAGAGAUGAAGGGGAACCAGUAUUUGAGAACAUUCGACAGCAAAAUGUAGACCCCCAAUAUCUAAAUGAAUGCAAUUAUACAGACCCUGGUCCAUCUGCGAAUGUAUCAAAGAAAAGGAAGGUUUCCAAGGUCAAGAAUGAUCAGGGACUCUGUAUAUCUAGUGCUGUUAGUGGUAGGCCAGAAAUCACAGGACCUAGACAAAUGUUGAGUCACUAUGAAGCUAAAGGGGGAAGUAUGCCUCAAGUCUUUAUCGAUAGUAAAGCUGUGAAGAAAUGCUCAUUUGAGGAACUAAUUACAACACUAAAUGAUCUGCCUCUUGUGCAUAAAGAGGAAAAGAAACUGGUCCGGACUUACGUAAAGACGUUAAAGAAAUUGAAACAUGAAUCCGAUAAGAAUGUGCAUCCUCUCAGACAAAACAAGAAAUUAAAGAGUGCUCGGAAACUUGUGAUGCAAUUUUCUUCAGAUCUCGAUCAGGUAAGAAUGGUUUGUCAGGAGCAAGAGGAAGUCAAAAGGAAAGUGAAAGAGCAGCGGAAAAUUACCAACACGCCUUCAAGAUUAGUGGAUGGAGACGUAGCUCAAAAAUCAGGAAAGAAAAGAAAAAAAGAUUUCGAUCAUGAGGAAUUGGGAGAGAGUGAUGGAAAGAACAAAAAAAAGAAGGUAGAUGAAGAAGAAAAGGGACAAAGACAAAAUAAUUCUAAAACCUCAAAGGGAAAUAGAAAUGGAUUUUUGAAACUGGCAAAGCAAUGGCAGAAAAGUGUUGAGGUUUCUUCUAUGGUAACACUUCAAGGAUUAGACUAUGAUCUUAGCAAUCCUGCUAAAAGAAGAAAAUUUCUCAAAAACUUGAAAAUUGUCAAGUGGAAGUUUUUGAACAGAGAACUAACAGAAGAGGAGAGUAUAAAAGCAAUUGAUUCUCAAUUAAUUUCUUUAUAAAUGAACAGAUUUUAGCUUAUAAUUGAAGAUUUAUUCCUUGUGGGUACUUUGAUCAUUAAA